AGAAGAAAGAAAAACAGGAAAAGUGUAAAAAAAAUUAAACAAAAUAUAGUGUGUUUUAAAUAAAAAAAAAUUAAAAUUGUUUAUUAUUGUUAACAAAAACAUAAAACAACAAGAAAACUUUGAAUUUAUUUAGUGAACUAAAGUGUUUGUAUCAUUAUUAAUAUUCAUUAACAAAAUGGCCUCCACUGACUGUUUGCAACUCAACAAAACCAGCAUGUUUGCCAAAAUACGUGCUGGUCUGCCCAUGGAACGUUUGCAAACACAAAAUCUAUUGGAAUGUAAGGAUGAUUUAUUAUAUUGUUGGGAUUCUCAAGAGAAUUCUUUACUAGUUCUGAAUUGGCGUGCUGCUGUGGCUAAAGGUUUUGAGGAGGUUAAAUAUCAGACUCUAAUACCCUCCAUACCCUUAAGUUUUGAAGUUGAACGUGUGCUGACAUCCAAUGAAGGUUCAUUGAUUGCCCUGGCAGGACCCCGGGGAGUAUGUGUAUUGGAAUUGCCUAGACGCUGGGGUGCCAAUGGGCAAUUUAUGGAGGGUAAAGCUAAAAUUACUUGUCGAGCCUCCAAUUUAGAUGGUCAUUUCUUUACAAAUAAUCCACAUUUAGAAUUAAGACAACUGCGCUGGCAUCCAGCCUCACCCACAGAUUCACAUUUGCUGGUGUUGUUAAGCGACAAUACUAUAAGGGUUUAUGAUAAUGCCUCCUUACGCCAUGUUUGGCAAGUGGGUCCUAUACCUUUAAAAACCGAUGGUAAUCCCAACUCCUCAACGGUUUAUGCAUUAGGUGAGGCUGCCGUAGAUUUUGAUAUUGCACCUGCUGUUAAUGUGGCCGAAAUGCAAACAACAAACAUGAAUAACACUUUAAGUAGCAAUGCCUCCACUAUAAGGGAACAAAAAAGUCUAAUGAAUAGCACACGUUUAAGUCAGGUUAGCAAUAGAACGGUGACAACUACAGCUACUAGCAAUGAGACUAUUAAGAAUCCUUCUGCUAAAGCUGAAAAAAUUGAAUGGCCUAUUGUUAUAUUGCGUGAAAAUGGCAAUAUUUAUGUGCUAAUGUCGGGUUUGGAUACAGACAGACCUCGUUUACAGGGUCCUUUAACUAUUACUCCCUCAACUGUAGAUAAUUAUGGUUUAGAUUCUUGUUCCAUAUUAGUUAUACCUUCAUUGCCUCCCACUUUAGUUAUAGCAGAAACUAAUGGCAAAUUACAUCAUGCUUUAUUUAUGGAGGCAGAAAAUGCUGAAGAUUCCUUUAAUGAAGUCGAUGAAAAUUUGAUUAUACAUCCCUCCGAAUGGACGGUACAUGUUUUAGAGACUGUCGAAUUGGAAUUGGGUUUACCCAAGGAGGAAUUACAUCAACCCUACUAUUGUCCCAUUCAUUUGAAAAGAGACUUCAUCAAUGAGUUGCGUUACUUUGCUUAUCACAAUACUGGUCUGCAUGUCAUUACCGUCAAUUUUAUUGCAGAAUUACAAAGAUAUUUAGAAAAUGAAGUCAAUUCCGAUAUCAAUACUCUGUCUACUCCCUCCCAUGCUGAGUACAUUGUGUGCACCAAGAUCGAUACCAGUGAGAAUAUAAAUGCUGUCUUAGGAUUUGUUCUCAUGCAAAUGCCCUCCUGUGCUGUACUUCUCCUAAGCAGUGGUCAAGUUAUUAGCUUAAAACUAGUCAUAGAUCCCAAAUUAUUAACUGACCCCUUAAUAAACGUCAAAGAUGAGACGGCACUCAAUAAGAAUGAUGAUUUACAACAAACCCAAUUAAAUCAAAUAUUGGGUCCUUCUUUUGUAGAUCAUGUUAAGAACAUAUUAAAACGUACGGUAACACAACCCAUUUUAUCGCUAGAUAAAUCGGCUAAUCCUUCUCCCCAAGAGUGUUAUGAGUUAAUGACACAAGCUGUGGAGGUUUUGAGAACACAAUAUUUGAAACGUCAUGAAUUGGUAAGAGCAGAAUUUGCACGACGUAUACAUACCAUAAAAUUGUGUAAGGAACAGCAGAAACAGGAUAUAGAAGAUUUGGAACGGGAGCGUGAAAUUAUUAGGGAUAAAGCUCAUAAGUUGGCGGAAAGAUUUGAGGAGAUCAGUGAUCAACAGGAGGUAUUGACAAAGCGUUGCCAAGAUCUUAUGCGCCAGGCCAACACCUGUUUGCCUAGCAAUACUUUGGCUGAAAAAGAAUUUGCCCAGGAAGUGGAGAGAGUUAAUAAAUUAACCAAAAAUAUGGUCAACUCUUUGCAGAAAUCCAAAGAAGCUAUUAAUAAACAGCUAUAUCAUAUUUCCAAGUAUCAGGAGAAUUCUAAAAAGAAAACCUUUGAAUUGCCUGAAACACAGGAGCGCACCAUUAAGGAAAUUAUAUUGCAAAUGACCGCCGAAAUUGAUGGUCAAAUAAAGGAAGUAAAACGUAUUAAUAAAAUAGUGGGUAUUUAAAUAAAAAUAAACUCUACAAUGAUUUACUUUUACAAAAAUUUACUUUCUUUUUUUAUUCUUUUGCUUAAAAUUAAUAAAAAAAUAAUAAUAAUAAUAAUAAUAAUAAUAAAAAAUAUUACAAAUCUAUAAGUAUGUUUUACAUUACAAUUACAUUAUUAUUAGUACGUUUUCUUUUCCUCUUCUUUUUCGCCUUCUUACGCAGUGUAUUAUAUUUUUUAAUAUUUUUAACAAUAAACGACUUAAUAUCAUGACCAUCGUAUUUAUGCCACGACAAUGUUAUUAGUAUUAAAGAAUUAACAUAGAAAAAUAAACGUAAAUAUAAAUUUUCAUUAUUGACUUUAUCAUCGUUGCUCCAAAAAUGUUCACGGAAAUUUUCGUAGACAGCAUUCAUGCAUAAAUAUGUUAAGAUGGCUAAACAGCGUUGGAAAUCCUGCCAAGAGCCACGGGCUAACAUUAAUAUAAUAGCCUCGUGGGCAUAAUCGGCAAGUCAAUGAUCAAUUAAGGGACCCCAAAACAUUUUGGAAAUUUUUGUUUCAUCUUCAGUCAAAAAGAAUUGACGGCCCAAGUGUACAAACUCUUUGAGUGACACCUGGCCGUCACCGUUAAUAUCUAUCACAGCAAAUGAAAUGGCGGCAUCUUCGUCGGAGAGGCCCAAGCAACGGAAGAAUAGCUUAUAUUGAUCUAAAUCUAAAUGGCCGGUAUGGUCAUAAUCAACAGCCUGCAGGUUAACAAAAAAAAAGAAAUUUAAAAUUUGUUUCCUUGUUUAAGUAAUUCUAAAACUUACCUUGAACAAAUAGGGCAAGAAUCUUCCCACUCUUUUGAACAUUUUCUCAUCAUUUAAACGAUGAUGUAGAUCGGUUAAAAAUUGUUCAGCUGUUACUAGAUUAUAGGGUGUUAUUUCACCAAAUUGCUCUUCCCAGGUUUGUUUCAUAACAUCCAAGAAUUCGGCAGAUAAUUCUGGUGUCAAAUGUCCCAAAUC